AUGAUGUCGCCGCUGUACUACGUGGGCAACCUCGUGAUCGGUGGCGGCGGCAGCGUGGCCGGGUUCGAGGUGGGCAACGCAGCCGCCAUCGGCACCAAGGUGGUGUCCGGCUUCUGCUACGACGGCGACGACCUGUGCCGCAACGCCAUCGUCACGCUGACCGGCACGGAGCUGGCGUCCGUGGCGUCCGUGCUGGUCGGGUCGACCGCGGGCGAGCAGGCGCAGCUGCCGUGCCCGCUCACCGGCAGCCCCACGGCGCGCACGGUGUCCUGCAACCUGGCGCCGGCGCCGUCGGUCGGAAACGGCGUGUACCCGGUGACGCUGGUGCUGAGCAGCGGUGCAAAGGUGGAGGCGGGCAGCCUGGCCGUGGGCACGUUCCUGGAGGCCAAGGGCGUGGCCGGGUGGGCGAACACGUCCGGCUCCAGCAACUACCGCGUGACGGGGCAGUCCAGCGACUGGCCCUCCACCGGCGACACCUGGUCCGUCAGUGGCACCUUCAACCCCGCAAGCACGUACAGCAUCGUGUUCUACAACAAUCAAAAGAAGGCCGCCAUCGACAGCCCCGGCACGCCGACCUGCGCGCCUGUCAAGGUCACCGCCACCACGCUCACCUGCACCAUCACGUCCGCCAACGGCGUCAUGGGCAUGUACAACUUCCUGGUGCGGGACAGCACCAACAACGCGCUGCUGCUCGGCUCCAGCUCCCUCCCCAUGCUGGCCGUCAACCCGCCGUUGCCGGAGGUCACGGGCGCGAGCGGCGACUGCGCGACCAGCAGCGCGUCCUGCGUGAACGGCGCGGCGCUGACCAUCACAGGCACCAACUUCAACUACCGCAGCGCGGCGUACCAGCAGUUCUUCGUCGGCGUGACCAGCGCGCAGCGCCGCGCCAUCCAACUGGCGACCACCGCAGUCGACAAAAAGGGCGUCACACUUCAGCUUCGCACCUACGGCAAUGUCGGCGCUGGCAGCUACCCCAUCUUUGUGAAGGUGCAGGUGUGCAUGAUGGGCAUGAUGUCGCCGCUGCGCUUUGUUGGCAAUUUGGUUCUCGGUGCCGCGGGUCAAACGCCGGGCUUUAACCUGGAUAUGCCAAACGGGGUCACGGAUGAUGGGGAGCCCUCUCGUUCUCGUAUGUCAGGUGGUUAUUUUGCGGCCGUCGUGUUUGCGUGUUUGUUGGGCGUGCUGUUCCUCAUUGCAUUGAUUGCUUUGAUUGUCAUGGUCGUCCGUCAGCGCAGGCGGAGCCGGCGUUGGGGCAUGCGGGAAGAGUACUUGGCAUCUCAACAAUACAACAGCGCCAGUGGAGACUUCGCGAUGCCGAAGGUGCAGGAUUGCAACACGCCGUACGGAGCAAAUUAG